CAACGUGACAGCUACAUCCGGUCGGUGAAGCUGUUGCCCGACGGCCGGACCCUCCUGGUCGGCGGCGAGGCGUCCACCCUCAGCAUCUGGGACCUGGCCACGCCCACGCCCCGGAUCAAGGCAGAGCUCACCUCCGCCGCCCCCGCGUGCUACGCCCUGGCCAUCAGCCCCGACUCGAAGGUGUGCUUCAGCUGCUGCAGCGACGGCAACAUCGCGGUGUGGGACCUGCACAACCAGACGCUGGUGCGGCAGUUCCAGGGCCACACGGACGGCGCCUCCUGCAUCGACAUCUCGCCCGACGGCACCAAGCUGUGGACGGGCGGCCUCGACAACACCGUGCGGUCGUGGGACCUCCGCGAGGGGCGCCAGCUGCAGCAGCACGACUUCACCAGCCAGAUCUUCUCGCUGGGCUUCUGCCCGACCGGCGACUGGCUGGCCGUGGGCAUGGAGAGCUCCAACGUGGAGGUGCUGCACGUGAACAAGCCCGACAAGUACCAGCUGCACCUGCACGAGUCCUGCGUGCUCUCCCUCAAGUUCGCCUCGGCCGGCAAGUGGUUCGUGUCCACGGGCAAGGACAACCUGCUCAACGCGUGGCGCACGCCCUACGGCGCAUCCAUCUUCCAGUCGAAGGAGUCCUCGUCGGUGCUGAGCUGCGACAUCUCGUCCGACGACAAGUACAUCGUGACGGGCUCGGGCGACAAGAAGGCCACCGUCUACGAGGUCAUCUACUAGACGCCGUGCACGCCGCCGCCGCCGCCCCGACGGCCGCAGCCCGGGGCGAGAGGCAUCUCCCUUUGCCCUGCUCAAGCGGGAGACAUGAGCUCCCCUCCCCCUCCCCCUCCGCUACCACGCCUAAGGAGAAUUCGGCCCCC